UUGGCAGAAGAACUGGCACGGAGUUUACUUGCCUUGCUGUCUCGGAGCUCAGGAUCAUAUUUGUAUCUCAUUCCAAAGAUAACCGAUUCCUCAUCAGUAAGUGCUGUGUUUGUGUUGCAGUCAUCAUGCCGAUGUUUGUAGUGAACACAAAUGUUGAGAAGGACGCGAUUCCUGCUGCGCUGAUGUCGGAGGCCACACAGGAACUCGCCAAAGCGAUGGGUAAACCCGCGCAGUACAUCGCUGUGCAAGUAGUCCCGGAUCAGAUGAUGAUGUUUGGUGGCAAAGCGGACCCGUGUGCACUCUGCUCUCUCACCAGUAUUGGAAAGAUCAGCGGUGCGCAAAAUAAGCAGUACUCCAAACUUCUCAUGGGAUUACUCAACAAACACCUUGGCAUUUCACCCGACAGGAUCUAUAUAAACUUUGUUGAUAUGGAUGCAGCUAAUGUGGCGUGGAACAGCACCACUUUCGGAUAAAAAAAUGUAUGCAUGAGUAAAAACUGAAGAUUGAGUAAUAACACACAGCACUUACAACUUGCUUUGACAAUAAACAUUUCUUGACGGUGUAA